UCCACCCCUGCAGUGACACGCGCGCUAUGUCCCGCUCUCUUUCUCUCUCUAAAAAGUCUUCUUCCCUCUCUGUCUCCGACUCUCUCGCUCUAAAUCUUCUUCCCUCUCCUUCUUCCUGUUCUCUCUCUAAAAAUCCUUCUUCCAACUCUCUAUCUCCUCUCUCACUUUAAUCUUACCAUUGCUCAUAUCUCUGUCCUGAACUCCAUUCUUUCAUUUCCCCUCUUCUUUCUCUCUGUAACUUCCGAAAAAUGCGGCGCGCGCCCUAUCAAUUCCAAACCCGAAUUCGAUCCCUUCAAUCCACAGCCAUCGACCAUGGCCCAAGACCUCCGUGCCUACUCAAAAUGGCCUGGAACUUAAAGCAAGGAGCUCUUGCUUUAAUAAGUAGACCUUCUUUUCAGAGGUUGCUAUCGACAAGGGCUUCUGUCGGGGACAAACAAGAGGUCUCUUCUGAUGAAUCUAGGGUUUCACUUUCAGAUGGAAAUGGAAGCGUUAAAGGGUACGAUUAUCCAACGGGUGAGUUCGAGUUUGAGAAGUUCGACGGCUGGAAAAGGUUCGCGGUUAAGCUUAGGAUGCUGAUCGCUUGGCCAUGGGAAAGGGUGAAGAAGGGCAGCGUCUUGCACAUGAAGAUUCGUGGCCAGAUCUUUGAUCAGCUACAAGGACGUUUCUCUUCCAAGUUAUCUCUCCCUCAAAUAUGUGAAAAUUUUAUAAAGGCAGCUUAUGAUCCUCGUAUCGCUGGUAUAUAUCUUCAAAUUGAGCCCCUUAAUUGUGGAUGGGGGAAAGUUGAAGAAAUUCGAAGACAUAUUGUCGAUUUUAAAAAAUCAGGAAAAUUUAUCAUCGGUUAUGUCCCUCUAUGUAGAGAGAAGGAGUAUUACCUUGCUUGUGCAUGUGGGGAACUUUAUAUGCCUCCAGGGGCUUAUAUAGGUUUAUUAGGUUUGAAGGUUCAAGCGUCAUUUCUUGGUGGAGUCUUUGAGAAAGUGGGAAUUGAGCCACAAAUACAACGUAUCGGAAAAUAUAAAAGUGCCGGUGAUCAACUCUCAAGCAAGAGCAUGUCAAAAGAAAUCUGUGAGAUGCUCACUGCAUUACUUGACAACAUUUAUGGAAACUGGUUAGACACAAUUUCAUCUACUCAAGGUAAGAAGCGGGAGGACAUCGAGAAACUGCUCAAUGAAGGAAUUUAUCAGGUGGAAAGCCUGAGGGAUGAAGGUUGGAUCACAAACAUCAGUUAUGAUGACGAGGUGGUUUCAAUGCUAAAAAAGAGAUUGGGGCCAAGUAAAGAGAAAAAUCUUCUCACAGUUGAUUACAGGAAAUACUCGAGAGUCAGUAAAUGGACCCUAGGAUUGACAGGGGGAACUGACCAAAUUGCUAUAAUAAGAGCUUCUGGAGGCAUUAGCCGUAUUCGUGGCCGCUUCAGUGUUCCUGAGAGAGGUAUCAUUGGUGAACAGUUCAUUGAGAAGAUCCGUAAUUUACGAGAGUCAAAGAAAUAUAAGGCUGUGAUCUUAAGAAUUGACAGCCCAGGAGGUGAUGCUCUUGCUUCAGAUUUAAUGUGGAGGGAGAUCAGGCUUCUAGCUGAAUCUAAACCUGUGAUUGCUUCCAUGGCUGAUGUAGCUGCCAGUGGAGGUUAUUACAUGGCCAUGGCAGCAGGAGUGAUAGUUGCAGAAAGUCUUACGUUGACAGGUUCAAUCGGAGUUGCUACAGGAAAAUUCAGCUUAAAGAAUUUGUAUGAAAGGAUUGGUUUCAACAAGGAGACAAUAUCAAGAGGCAAAUAUGCCGAGCUUGAUGAUGAUCAGCGACCAUUUAGGCCAGAUGAGGAAGAACUGUUUGCCAAGCUUGCACAGAAGAUAUAUAAGCAAUUCCUAGACAAAGCAGCUUUGUCAAGAUCAAUGACUGUGGAUCAGAUGGAAGCGGUAGCACAAGGCAGGGUGUGGACAGGCAAGGAUGCUGCUUCUCGGGGUUUGGUGGAUGCAAUUGGAGGUCUAUCCCGAGCAGUUGCCAUUGCAAAACAGAAGGCCAACAUACCAGAAGAUAGAAAGGUCACAUUGGUUGAGGUAACAAAAAGCCGACCUUUCGCAGAGGUUGUUGGUGGAAUAUUUGCUUCUUUUCUAGGGCUGGAUGGAUCAAUGAAGGACCUAUGGCAUGAGCUCUCAUCUUCCGAAGGAGUUCAAGCCCGAAUGGAUGGCAUUAUUCUUGAAGGGAUUGAGUCCUCUCCUUUAGAGGAUUCCAUUUUAUCAUUGAUUAAAGAUUACCUGAGCUCUUUUUGAUCAGGGUUUCCUUUUUGUUGAUCCUCACAAAAUGGUGAUUUGAUUUUACUUGGGAUUUGGUGAAUUCUCUGAUGCAAUAUUUGAUAAUUAUACGAUCAAUUUUGUGUUAUAGUAGUUGCCAUGAUGCACCAUGUAUAUAGAUACGGUCAUUGUGCAUGCAAUUUGCAAAGUCUGUAACUUAUGGCCUUUUAAGUGCCUCGCCAGAAAGCAAACAGUUAAUGCA